AUGUCCAUCGAAGUCGACUGGGGCGCCGCCACCUCUGGCCCAGACGGAGAAGCGCUGGCGGAGCGCAUCCGCUCGUUCGUCCACGACAAAUUCCAAGAAGUGCCUCUACCGCGCUUCAUCCGGUCCGUGCAGGUGCACUCGUUCGAGUUCGGGACGAUCGCGCCAGAUCUUGAAAUCAAAGACUUCUGCGAGCCAUUUCCCGAUUUCUACGAAGAAGACGACGAUGACACCGAUACCUCUGCGGCGUCUGAGGAUCUCAGCUCCGAGCACGUCCACCAAUGGACGGGCCGUCACGCUGACCUCCACGAUUUCGAAGAAACACAAUACUCCGGCAAUGGAUUCCAACCCUCCGCACUCCGCUCCCCGCUACCCCUGGGCGACCAUUUGAAUCACCAUUUCAUGCCCCGUGCCGGUACACCGGGUAUCCCCGGCGGCACGUCGACGCUCGGGUACCACCUGAUGUCGCUGGGCGGGCUAUCAGGCUCGCAAACACCACUCGCGGCCGUUGCAGGCGGCACCCCGUUCGCAAGCGGGUGGUCCGACUCUGGCGCAGGGAGCAGGAGACCAUCGGCACCCCGCACGUCCAAUAUGCGAAACGAAACCGAUAUCGACACGUCCAAUACCUCCGCAUCGCGGCCCUCCACAGCAAACACACAUCAGACAAGCAGUAAUGCCUCAAAUCGCAACAGCGCCGACAUGGGUGAUACACAGCAGCAGUCAGCGGAGUCUCUUCCCGGAGCAGGACAGCAGCUCCCUAUUCCGCCGCGUAUGCGUGAACCGCGACCCGAAGACUUCCAGGUGCUCUGCCACGCCAAAUACGCAGGCGAUGUGCGCAUGUCACUGACAGCAGAGAUUCUACUCGACUACCCGAUGCCCAGCUUCGUGGGCCUGCCCUUAAAGCUAAACGUCACUGGCAUCACAUUCGACGGCGUGGCUGUCGUCGCGUAUAUCCGCAAGCGCGUCCACUUUUGCUUUCUGUCCCCGGAGGAUGCAGACGCGCUGCUCGGCUCGGAGGCCCAGAGCCAGAACCCUAGCGAAGAUGGCCGGCCUCGGUCUGGCGGUGAUCAGAAACGGCAGGGGGGUUUACUGCAGGAAAUUCGGGUCGAGAGCGAGAUCGGUCGCAAGGAGGACGGCAAGCAGGUCUUGAAGAAUGUUGGCAAGGUAGAACGCUUCGUGCUCGCGCAGGUGCGCCGCAUUUUCGAAGAGGAAUUGGUCUAUCCCAGCUUCUGGACCUUUCUUAUUUGA